AUGGCUUCUGCCAAGUGGGAAAUGGAGAUUAUCUUAGUCAUUCAGAUGGGAGUGGGAAUCUUUGGAAACUGCUCCCUCUUUUGUCUUUAUAACUUCACUUUGCUCACUGGACACAAGGUGACAUGCACAGACAUGAUUCUCAGUCAACUGGUCUUAGCCAACUCCUUGGUGCUUUUCUCCAGAGGGAUCCCUCAUACGGUAGCAGCUUUUGGAUCAAAAUAUUUCCUGAAUGAGGCUGGAUGCAAAUUUUUUUUCUAUGUGCACAGAGUGGCCAGAGGGGUUUGCCUCAGCACUACCUCCCUCCUCAGUGGCUUCCAAGCCAUUAGGCUUUGCCCCAAUUUCUCUAGGUGGAUGGAGCUCAGAAUGAGAUCCCCGAAGUGCAUUGGCUUCUGUUGUCUCCUCUGCUGGAUUUUGCAUCUUUUGGUAAAUACCUUUACUCCUUUCAGAAUUACUGGUCCAAUGCACAGUGAAAACUUUAGUGUACAAGCAAAUUAUGGAUACUGUUCCUCUCUGAAGCCAGACCGAUUUAUAAAGUUUCUAGUUGUAGUCAUAUUCUCCACAGUAGACCUCAUAUUUGUGGGUCUCAUGGUCUGGGCUAGUGGCUCCAUGGUCCUUGUCCUGCACAGGCACAAGCAGAGAGUCCAACACAUUCGCAGCCACAGCCAUUCUCCCAGAGCUUCCCCCGAGGCCAGAGCCACACGCACCAUCUUGAUCCUUGUGAGCUCCUUUUUCUCCACUUACUCACUGUCCUCUUUUUUGUCUCUUUGGAUGACUCUAUUUGUUAUUCCAGGCCAGUGGCUGCUGGAUAUUUCUAUAUUCUUGUCUUUAUGUUUCCCAACAUUCAGCCCCUUUCUGCUCAUUUGCAGUGAUACUCGUGUCACUGCUAAAACAGUUCUGUUUCAUCUGCCAGGCAGGGAAAACACUUUUUGCUAAUUUGGUUGAGACCAAAUGACUUUAUUCUCUACAGGAAA